UGAACCGUCGUCACUUCCGGUUCUCGUUGCACGAGCAGUUCGAGUCUUCCAAUGAUCACUAUUGCGGCAUUGCCUUGUCAGUUAGUUGAAUAUUACAAUCGAGGUAUAGACGCGUAUAACGCCUUACUGGCUUUUAAUGAAUGUGACACAAAGGAGCCGAAAUGAAUGGUGAAGCACGCGGACUGUAACGUUAGCGGUCUUGAUUUCUGCAAAACUCCUGUCAUUCGGAACAGCGACAACCACGACAUUCAAAACGGUAACUGUUGGGCAACAUUCACUGAUGGACAUGGAGUCUGCAUUAUGUCCCUCGUCCAAUCAGAACGGCUGCAUCCUGAACCCACUUCCUGUCUCCGAGACCAAACAAGAACAGGAAGUAGCUCCACCUCCCUGUCUGAGGGUGCACCUGUACCACCUGGGCCAGGGCGGAGCCAACAGCCAAGACCUCACCUACCCGGCAGGAGACUAUGUGGCUGAGGAGCUGUGCAUCGACGCGGCCAAGGCAUGCGGCCUGUCACCGUUGUAUUGCAGCCUGUUUGGCCUGAUGAGGGAAAGCGACCGCAUGUGGUUCCCACCCAAUCACAUCCUCAAACUCCACCAAUCAGCAAAUUACAGUCUCCUCUUCAGAGUGAGGUACUACUUCCCUGGCUGGUAUGGAGGCUCCUGUUCCUUCCGCUAUGGAGUCAACAAGGGAAUGGACAGCCCAGUGUUUGACGAUACUGUCAUGUCCUACCUCUUCGCUCAGUGGCGUAGUGACUUUGUGCAUAGCUGGGUGAUUAUCCCAGUGAACCAUGAGGCCCAGGAGGAGUGUCUUGGCAUGGCUGUGUUGGACAUGAUGAGGAUGGCUAAGGAGAGUAGCCAGUCUCCUGUGGACAUCUAUAACGACACCAGCUAUAAGUCGUUCCUGCCCAAGAAUAUGCGUGCCCAUAUCCAAGAGUACCACUUUGUGACCCGGAAGAGGAUCCGCCAUCGCUUCAGGAAGUUCAUCCAGCAGUUCAGCCAGUGUAAAGCCACGGCUCGUGACCUCAAGCUCAAAUACCUGGUGAACCUGGAGACACUGCACCCAGCCUUCUACUCGGAGUGCUUCCGUGUCACCGAGUCCUUGGAAGGAGAGGUCACCAUCGUCGUCACAGGAAACAACGGCAUCCAGUGGUCCCGGGAGGAGGAUAAGGAGGCAGACAAGGGUUUCCAGACGUACUGUGAUUUCCCUGAAGUUAUUGACAUCAGCAUCAAACAAGCCAACAAGGAUGGCUCUAUCGAGAGUCGCAUCGUCACCAUCAACAGACAGGACAGUCAGACUCUGGAGCUGGAGUUCCGUUCCCUGUCGGAGGCUCUGUCCUUUGUGUCUUUGGUGGAUGGCUACUACCGGCUCAUAGCAGACGCUCACCACUUCCUGUGUAAAGAGGUGGCGCCCCCUAGGCUGCUGGAGGCCAUUCAGAGUUACUGCCAUGGUCCAGUCUCGAUGGACUUUGCUAUCAGUAAGCUGCGGCGGUCUGGGAAUCACAAGGGUCUGUACAUCCUCCGUAGCAGCCCUAAGGACUACAACAAAUACUUCCUGUCUUUUGUAGUGGGCUGUGACAGCCUAGUUGAGUACAAGCACUGCCAGAUAGUGAAGACAGACCAGGGAGACUACAUCCUCUCUGGGGCCAAGAAGAGCUUUGGUUCUCUGAGGGAGCUGCUCCACCGCUACCAGAAAGAAGCUCUGCGUUCUGACGGACACGUCUUCCAGUUCACCAAGUGCUGCCCGCCUAAAGCUAAAGACAAGUCUAACCUGUUGGUGUGCCGCAGUAACCAGGGGGCUGAGGUCCCCCUGUCCCCCUCUCUGCACAGACACAACAUCAGCCAGAUGGUCUUCCACAAGAUACGCAAGGAGGAUCUUGUCAUGAAAGAUAGUCUGGGACAGGGGACGUUUACCAAGAUCUUCUGUGGCGUGAGGAAGGAGCUGGGAGACUACGGAGAGAUUCACCAGAUGGAUGUCCUUGUUAAGAUCCUGGAUAAGGCUCACCGAAAGUACUCCGAGUCAUUCUUUGAAGCCGCCAGUAUGAUGAGCCAGCUAUCCCAUAAGCACCUGCUCCUCACCUAUGGCGUGUGUGUCUGCGGAGAGGAGAACAUGAUGGUGCAGGAAUAUGUGAAGUUUGGCUCCCUGGAUACAUACCUAAAGAAGAACAAGAGCUCUGUGAACAUCACCUGGAAGCUGGAGGUGGCCAAGCAGCUGGCUUGGGCUAUGCAUUACCUGGAGGAUAAGAACCUGGUCCAUGGGAAUGUGUGUGCCAAGAAUGUUCUGUUGAUCCGCGAGGAGGACAGGAAGACUGGGAACCCCCCCUUCAUCAAACUGAGUGACCCUGGAAUCAGCAUCACGGUGCUGCCCAAAGAUGUCCUUGUGGAGCGCAUUCCCUGGGUACCUCCCGAGUGUUUCGAGGAGGACAGACAUCUCACUCUAGCUACAGAUAAGUGGGCCUUCGGCACGACUCUGUGGGAGAUCUGCAGUGGAGGAGACAGACCACUCGGUACACUGGACUGCUCCAAGAAACAGCUGUUCUAUGAAGACCACCACCAGCUGCCUGCACCUAAGUGGACAGAGCUGGCCAACCUGAUCAACAGCUGUAUGGACUAUGAGCCCUCCAACAGACCGUCCUUCAGAGCUGUUAUCAGAGACCUCAACAGCCUCUUCACUCCUGAAGGUGUUGAUUGUGUCCUGUCUCCUGCUCCAGACUACGAGUUGCUGGUGGAGAGUGACAUGGUGCCCAACAGGGCCAGAGGGUUUGGGUUCCCAGGGGCCUUUGAGAACCAAAACCCUGCUCAGUUUGAAGAGAGACAUCUCAUCUUCCUCAAGCAGCUGGGCAAGGGUAACUUUGGCAGUGUGGAGAUGUGUAGGUAUGACCCUCUGCAGGAUAAUACUGGGGAGGUGGUGGCGGUCAAGAAGCUGCAGCACAGCACAGCAGAACACCUCCGAGACUUUGAACGGGAGAUAGAGAUCCUCAAGUCCCUUCAGCAUGACAACAUCGUCAAGUACAAGGGAGUGUGUUACAGUGCUGGCCGGAGGAACCUGCGUCUGAUCAUGGAGUACCUCCCCUACGGCAGUCUGAGGGACUACCUCAUCAAGAACAAGGACCGCUUCGACUACAAGAAGCUCCUGCACUACGCCUCACAGAUCUGCAAGGGCAUGGACUACCUGGCGACCAAACGCUACAUCCACCGGGACUUGGCCACGCGGAACAUCCUGGUAGAGAGCGAGCUGAGGGUGAAGAUAGGGGACUUUGGGCUCACUAAGGUCCUGCCUCAGGACAAGGACUACUACACCGUCAGAGAGCCGGGAGAGAGUCCCAUCUUCUGGUAUGCCCCGGAGUCUCUGACAGAGAGCAGGUUUUCAGUGGGCUCUGACGUGUGGAGCUUUGGAGUGGUCCUCUAUGAGCUGUUCAGUGACAAGAACUGCAGUCCUCCAGCUGCGUUUAUGGAUAAGAUGGGCAGUGACAAGCAGGGCCAGAUGAUCGUGUAUCACCUCAUAGAUCUGCUGAAGAGAGGAUACAGACUGCCUGCUCCCAAGGGCUGCCCUGAGGAGAUCCAGCACAUGAUGACCGAGUGCUGGAACAUUGACCCAGCCCUGCGGCCCACCUUCAAGAAGUUAGCCCAGACCGUGGACAUGUUCCGGGACAGUAAGGAGGGCUGAGGAGCCCUUCCUGGAGGUCUCUGCUGGAGGGGACCUGGCCCAGCCCACACCGAUCACCUGGGUUGUGUUCAUUAGGCACCAAACGGACUGAAAGGGAUUACCUGAACUUGUCCAGUAAGAAACGCUCGUUUUCCUUUUCUGUUGCAAAGCGUUUUGCUGCGGUGUGCCCUAAUGAAUACAUCCCUAAUGACGCCUCAACUCUAAAAGACGACGACAAUGAAGUCACCUGACCCAACCGUCUUCUGGAGCGGAAAACGGGGGAGUAUUACCAAUGGCAUUCUGGGACAAAGUCUCAAAAACGGUCUACUUCGUGUUCAAACCUACCCACUUUUUCAGGGAUUCUGGGGAUCUCUGAAUUCCAUAUGCUGUUACUUUGCUGCUGUCAUUUCUUCAUUUGGAGAUGUUUUCACUGUUUGACUUCUGUCAGGGUCUCAGACUCUCUCCAACACAGAACACCCUGCUGUUGAUGAUGUGUUAACGGCAACACAGAACACCCUGCUGUUGAUGAUGUGUUAACGGCAACACAGAACACCCUGCUGUUGAUGAUGUGUUAACGGCAACACAGAACACCCUGCUGUUGAUGAUGUGUUAACGGCAACACAGAACACCCUGCUGUUGAUGAUGUGUUAACGGCAACACAGAACACCCUGCUGUUGAUGAUGUGUUAACGGCAACACAGAACACCCUGCUGUUGAUGAUGUGUUAACGGCAACACAGAACACCCUGCUGUUGAUGAUGUGUUAACGGCAACACAGAAGGCACGUGAGGGAAAGCAACACAGAAGAUGUACUGUACAGUUAGUAAAGGAUGUUCAACUUCCUUCUUCCUUAACUCAAGUGGAUUAUGUCAAACCACAUUUCUCUUUUUCACCUGAGGGAAGAACUAAUAAAGCAAUACUGCUUUUAGAGACACAAAGAUGUGUGAGAAAAGGGUGAUGAAAAAACAAUGAAGGGAGAUGUUUGACAAAGGGUACAACCUUGUAUUUCAUUUCUCUCUAAGCACCCGUCUACUUAUCGUCGUACCCUGAAAUCCUGGGCUACUGCAAAGUAACAUGCAGGAGGAAUUGUUGACUUAUGUGCUUCCCCUUUUAUAAUAUUCUAUAACUUGAUGAGUCUAGGAUGCUGUCCACUGCCAGUUGGAAAAUAAUGUCUUCAUUAUAGUGUUGCUACAUAGCAAUAUUUGGAAUGAGACUGGCUAAAUGGUGUAGGUGAAAGAAUCAACAGAUGAGAAGUGCAGAGACGAGGUGUAAUUUCACUUCGUGGAUAUUUAAGUAUUCAGGUAGCCUAGCGGUUAGAGCAAACGGUCUCUGGUUCGAAUAUCCAAGCCGACAAGGUGAACAUCUGUCCAUGUGCCCUUCAGCGAAGUACUUAUUUUACUCCAGGGGCGCUGUACUACUAUGGUUGACCCUGUAAAACAGCACAUUUCACUGCACCUAUCUGGUGUGUGACAAAACGCAUAGUGCCCCUGUGACCUGUCCAUGCAGAGUCAUCGUGCCCAUAGAGAUGUAAUGUAAUGCUGUCUUUAAUUCUGUCAGUGACUCUAUGAUCUGUAACUGUAAAGCAGCAACGUCCCACUGCUCUAUUGUAAUAAUGGAGGCUAAUCCAGCGAUCAACCAGAUCUAGAAGCGGCCGAGAGCGGAUGGUCAGAGGGUUGGAACAUAGUUACAAAUCAUUUGUGAACAGCAAAUUGACCGCAAGAAGCACAAACAGAUGUUUGCCUAAAACAUCAUUUCAAACCUUCCUUACAUUUGUAUGCGAUCACAUUGUGUCUCUCUGUUAUGCAUGGGAACACUUGAACAGAUUUCUUACAUAAAACUCACUUGUAGCUGAUUUCCUGAUAUUUUUGUACUGUCUUUCAUGUCCAACAAUGAAAAUUCCACACACACAAUUUUUUUAAAUUCUUUUUACAUUUUUGCUCAGAACUUGGGGAGCCAAAUAAAACCACCCAUGGUCUAAAUUUGGCCCAUGGGCUGCCAGUUGGAGAACCCUGGUUUAAUCUGACCCAUGGGCUGCCAGUUGGAGAACCCUGGUUUAAUCUGACCCAUGGGCUGCCAGUUGGAGAACCCUGGUUUAAUCUGACCCAUGGGCUGCCAGUUGGAGAACCCUGGUUUAAUCUGACCCAUGGGCUGCCAGUUGGAGAACCCUGGUUUAAUCUGUCCCAUGGGCUGCCAGUUGGAGAACCCUGGUUUAAUCUGACCCAUGGGCUGCCAGUUGGAGAACCCUGGUUUAAUCUGACCCAUGGGCUGCCAGUUGGGGAACCCUGGUUUAAUCUGACCCAUGGGCUGCCAGUUGGAGAACCCUGGUUUAAUCUGUCCCAUGGGCUGCCAGUUGGAGAACCCUGGUUUAAUCUGACCCAUGGGCUGCCAGUUGGAGAACCCUGGUUUAAUCUGACCCAUGGGCUGCCAGUUGGAGAACCCUGGUUUAAUCUGACCCAUGGGCUGCCAGUUGGAGAACCCUGGUUUAAUCUGACCCAUGGGCUGCCAGUUGGGGAACCCUGGUUUAAUCUGACCCAUGGGCUGCCAGUUGGAGAACCCUGGUUUAAUCUGACCCAUGGGCUGCCAGUUGGAGAACCCUGGUUUAAUCUGACCCAUGGGCUGCCAGUUGGAGAACCCUGGUUUAAUCUGACCCAUGGGCUGCCAGUUGGAGAACCCUGGUUUAAUCUGACCCAUGGGCUGCCAGUUGGAGAACCCUGGUUUAAUCUGUCCCAUGGGCUGCCAGUUGGGGAACCCUGGUUUAAUCUGACCCAUGGGCUGCCAGUUGGAGAACCCUGGUUUAAUCUGACCCAUGGGCUGCCAGUUGGAGAACCCUGGUUUAAUCUGACCCAUGGGCUGCCAGUUGGGGAACCCUGGUUUAAUCUGACCCAUGGGCUGCCAGUUGGAGAACCCUGGUUUAAUCUGACCCAUGGGCUGCCAGUUGGGGAACCCUGGUUUAAUCUGACCCAUGGGCUGCCAGUUGGAGAACCCUGGUUUAAUCUGACCCAUGGGCUGCCAGUUGGAGAACCCUGGUUUAAUCUGUCCCAUGGGCUGCCAGUUGGAGAACCCUGGUUUAAUCUGUCCCAUGGGCUGCCAGUUGGGGAACCCUGGUUUAAUCUGACCCAUGGGCUGCCAGUUGGAGAACCCUGGUUUAAUCUGUCCCAUGGGCUGCCAGUUGGAGAACCCUGGUUUAAUCUGACCCAUGGGCUGCCAGUUGGAGAACCCUGGUUUAAUCUGUCUGCUUGUUUGUUUCUGUCUUCCUUUUAUUGAAUGUUAUGGUAGCCGUGCUGACAGUCAUACCGGAUGCCGUCAUGUCAAGGUCAGUGUUUUGCGUGAACAUGUUGGUUUUUUUCAUUAAAAAAAUCAUAACAUGAUCAUGAAGAAGUGGGUGUUUAAAAAAAUCAACAUAUUGUUUUAUAUACAAGCCAGUAUUUCCCUGUGUUUGCGUGUUGAAUGUAAAUCUGUUGUUGAAUAUGAAUAACAAUGCGUAGGCUAAAUUGAUUGUAAAAUAUCAGCUAUUUUAUAUCAAAGCAGUCAACCUUUUAAUAUUGUAUGUUAUUGCAGAACUGGUCAGAAAUGGCUUUUGUUGCUUUGGGUAACCUUCAUGCUGUUUUUUAUUUAUAAGAGACACUAUAAAAGUUGAACUGCAAUGUUAUUUGGUUAUAGUCUCACAUUAAACAUAAUAGAUUGAA